GAACGACACGUGGAAAUCUGUCAAUGUCUUCGAAACGGAAAACGAGCAGGUUACGUCAAAAAAUUAUGCCUCAUUUGCCUGUUUAGAAUAGAAUAACGAUUGGCCACUCCAUAUACGGACCAAUGAUACGUACCCCAACCGACAAUAAUACACGGAGAGUGAUCAUCACCAAACUUGAAUUGCGCGUGUUUCUCUACGGCAGAAUCCAGGAUCGUUUAGAGGAACUCGUGAAGUAUGGCAGGACAACCGAGCAAAGAUCAAGCCGUAGAAAUGAAAAGGUUACUAACUUUGUGGACAAGCAAGCUAUUCUUCAAAGACUUGAGCAUCUCGAGGACGUGGUUUAUCAUCAACUGAACGGUCUGGGAAAGGCUCCUGAGGUACUAGAAGGACCAGUCAGCCAAGGACAGGGGCCGUUCAGGACAAAAUCCACUGUGAAGAACCCUGUGCGUGACCCAGAUGGGGGAGAGGAUGAGGAGUAUGGAUACAAUGCCCAGCUGAGCAAUCAAAUCCCACUGGAUCGAUCCAUUCCUGACUACAGGCCAAUAAAGUGCCAGCUGAUGAUUUAUCCAGAUGACCUCCCUCAGUUGACUGUGGUGUUCAUCUUUGUGAACGAGGCCUUGUCUGUGAUUCUACGCUCAGUCCACAGCCUGGUCAAUCACACACCUGCACACAUCCUAAAGGAGAUUAUCCUAGUGGAUGACAACAGUGACAGUGUGGAGCUAAAGCUGAACCUGGAUCAAUAUGUGAAUAAGCGGUAUCCAGGCCUGGUAAAGAUAGUGAGAAAUAGUAGAAGGGAGGGACUUAUCCGGGCCAGAAUCCUCGGGUUAAAAGCUGCUACUGCACCAGUCGUUGGAUUCUUCGAUGCACAUGUUGAGUUCAACAAAGCAUGGGCAGAGCCAAUCCUGACCAGAAUCAAGGAGGAGCCAACCCGUAUUGUUCUCCCGUCUAUUGACAACAUCAAGUACAACACGUUUGAGGUGCAGCGCUAUGACAACGCCGCUCACGGCUACAACUGGGGCCUGUGGUGCAUGUACAUCAACCCCCCUCAGGCCUGGCUGGACCGAAGUGAUGACACGGCGCCCAUUAGGACCCCGGCCAUGAUUGGCUGUUCCUUUGUGGUGAACAGAAAAUACUUUGAAGAUAUUGGGCUUCUGGACCCAGGCAUGGAGGUGUAUGGGGGAGAGAACAUAGAAUUGGGCAUGAGGGUGUGGCAGUGCGGGGGUAGUAUGGAGGUUUUGCCGUGUUCCCGGGUAGCACACAUUGAACGCACCAAGAAACCGUACAACAACGACAUUGAUUACUACGCCAAGCGCAAUGCCUUGAGGGCAGCUGAGGUGUGGAUGGAUGACUACAAAUCCCACGUCUACAUGGCCUGGAACAUCCCCAUUAAUAACCCCGGCGUCGAUUUUGGCGAUGUUUCAGAACGAAUUGCCUUGAGGAAGAAAUUGAAAUGUCGCAGUUUCCAGUGGUACUUGCAGAAUGUUUAUCCGGAGAUGCGGGUGUACAAUGACACCAUCACCUACGGCGAGGUGCGGAACAGCAAGGCCAGUGGCUAUUGCUUAGACCAAGGGCCUGAGGAGGACAACAGUGCGAUUCUCUAUCCAUGUCAUGGCAUGACGUCUCAGCUGGCCCAUUACACCUCAGAGGGACUCCUGCAGCUUGGCCCUCUGGGCUCUACUACUUUUCUGCCGGACACCAAGUGUCUGGUGGACGAGGGCCAAGGACGGACCCCUGGUCUCAAAGAAUGUCAGGAAGUGUCGCGCUCAUCACAAAGGCUUUGGGACUUCACUCAGAAUGGUCCAAUAAUCAGCCGAGACACAGGCCGCUGUUUGGAGGUGGAGAUCUUUAAGGAGGUCGUCUUCGGCCUCCGACUGGUGGUUCAGAGGUGCUCUGGUCAGAGGUGGACCAUCAGGAACUGGAUCAGACCUCCACGACACUGAGAUAAUUUCUCCCCGUCAGGUACACCAGAUACAGGCCAGCUGAUGACUGAAAAUGGAUUUGGGACCUUUACAUUGUGACACUUGGAUUAUCCUCAUUGAGAUCGUGGUCGUUAGGGUAAGGAUUUUGACUGUCGUGAUGAAAGUUGCAAUCUGUGAUACUAAAAGAAGUGAGGCACACAAAAUGGCACAUCCGUUCAUUCUGUUGUUUCGUUUCAGAUUGUAUUCAUAUCGUGCCAAGUCUCUGAAUACAAAUAAUCCACCUUCUGGAAGCCUAAAUGAUCUAACAUUCAAGGACAAACCAUAGGGAACAAGUGAAAAAUGCUAAUUGUAUAUAACAAUGUGGAUAUCAUGCUGUCAUUAAAUAUUUUUAUGCCA